GACUUAUCUCUCAUUUUCCAUAUAAAAAAUGCAAGUGGAUAGCUACGAACAAUACACGGAUGAAUUACUUAGCAGAGUCUUUGAAAAUGCCAAACAAAAUCAACCGCUAUCAUCUCCUAUUUCCGACUGGUCAGCAUCUCCGUUAUUUUGCAAACCAAUCGAUCAGACUCCUAUUCUUUCACCCUCUUUAUCCAAUCGAUCUAUUGAAAAAGCUUUUUCUCCAGUAAUUAAAUCGCCACAAUCUGAUCUGAUAUCUAGCAGGCAUGCUGAUGUGUCUAGUAUGGAUUCCGAGAGUAUUAUCUUACCUUUUGUUCCUACUUCUUCUAUUACUCCUUCUCUUCCUUCCUCUCCUGUCAAACAGCAAAAGAGCUAUCUGCGUGAUACGUUAUCUAGAAAACUAAGCCGAAAAAAGGAGUUCAAGUCGGCCAAAAAGCCUUUGAAAAUACCUUUGGUCAAACCAAACUCAUCAGAAGAGCCAUUAGAGCCAAGCCAAGGACAGCAGGAACGACCACAGAUUCAGAGGCAGCCUAGUUUUUGGAAACCGCGUGAAGAUAGGCCAAAUGAAUGGUGGAAGCCGAAGAAAGGUCAAGGAGAACAGAGCCUGAAACAGCACAAGGUUGCGUCCAUAAGAACCAAGAAACCAAAGCGUCCGAUGGCAUUCAAAACACCUAAACGGAAGCCAGUAGCACAUGCUGAAAAAAAGAAAGUUUCGACACAAUCACAUCGGCCUGGUACGGUAAUCAUAAAGAGAGUACCUCAUAAGCAAGUAGCUAGUACAAAUGCAACUGCAAGUAUGCCUUCAAAUGAAACAAUAGCCGUAGCACCUGUUUCAGCAGCCAUGCCACAGCCGGUUUAUAUGGUACAGCAGCCUUACGCGAUGAUGCCGCCAGUGAAUCAUGCUGGAUAUUACUUGGUUCCUUCCAUGGUGAUGUCAGCACAGCAAUCACAACAACAACCACAAACUGUUUCUGAAAAGGCAAACCUUCAAGUGAAAAGAAAGAAAACAACCACAUUGCAUAAUCCUAGAGAGGCAUCAAAUGAUAAAUGUAUACUGAUGUAGCAGCCUCAAAGGAUACAUUCUUGCUCUAGAUACCACUAUUUAAU